AUGUUUUGCGCUUUCAAAGAUCCAGAGAGGAAAUUGGGGGUGGUGACUGGAACGCUAGGCAAUGUGGAUGUUGGAGAUCGCCAGCUGAUCAAAUUUGGUGGAAUGGGCUAUGUGCUCGAUACGCAGGAUGGGGGUGCCAGUCCAUGGAUCUGUGCUCUUAAUGGUGAUGGCGUGGACUUGAAAAGUUACGAAGAGACGACGCCCGGCCGUGGUUCGGAAGCAAAGGAACUACCUGCAGACUGGCCUCGGUCUUCAACUCUCCCAGAACUCAAAGCGAAAGAGGAGGACAGUGUGCCGAUACGCUGUAAAUGCGGCGGUGUGGAUCUACUCCUCCGUCGGGGCGAGUAUAAUGAUACGAGCGAAGAAGAUCUGCCCUCCUGCGUUGAGCCUGCCAGCAGGAAGCUCAAAGCCAGCUUCUGUGCUUGCAACAGCUGCCGGUUACAAAGCGGGAGCGACAUCUUUUACUGGACCUUUACAGAGACGAAAUAUCUGUCUUUUGGAAAAUAUGAUAGCAAGCCCUUUCCGGAAGAUAUUUUUGAUCUCAAACAUCUCAUCGACACCAAAGAUCCUGCUAUCGGUACGAUGAAAUACUACACCUCCUCACCAGACGUCUGCCGUUACUUUUGCGGUACUUGCUCUGCUGUCGUGUUCUACGCAUCAGGUAACCGGCCAAAGAUAGCCGAUGUGGCUGUCGGUCUGUUGGAUUCCAAGUACGGAGCGAGAGUUGAGAAUAUGCUGUCAUGGCCUUUCGGAAAGACGAUGAGUUUCCAGGAAGACGGUGAUGGUGGGUGGCGAGAGACUUUGUUUGAAAGAUUGAGAAGUAAGGCGGAAGACUGGCGGGUGGCGGGAGGGGAUCCGAAAAACUGGAAGAGCACAGAGGAGUAUGAGAAUAUUCAUCAGGAUGAUGAUUAA